AUGAAUCAUCAUCUCUCACCCUCCAUCUCUCUCCUCAUCCUCAUCAUCAUCACAACCUCCAUCUCCUCCUUCAAUAUUUCCCAUGCAUCCAUUGAAAGCACAUGCAUGACCGCCACCAAAACCAGCCCAAACGUCAACUAUGACUUCUGCCUGACUGCCUUAGAAUCAAAUCCUAAAAGUCAUUCAGCAGACACAAAAGGUCUUGCCAUAAUCUCCACAGAACUCACCUCCACCAACGCUACAUCAACAAAGGCCAAGAUUGAAGUUAUGCUUCAUCAUGCAAAAGAUCAAGCCAUAAAGUCCAUCUUGAAAACUUGUGCAGAUGUUUACUCAGAGAUGAUGGAUAACUUGAAAUUUUCAAUGGAUGCUCUUGAGGGUGGUAGGUAUGCUGAUGCUGUGACUUAUUUGAGUGCUGCUUUGACUGAACCUGGGACUUGUGAGGAUUCAUUCUCAGAGAAGGGUGUUAACUCAUUGGUGGCUCAAGAAGACAAGGAUGCUUUAGACCUUUCUGCAAUGGCACUUGCCAUUACUUCUUCUCUCGGUUGAUUAUUAUGAAACUUUUUGGUUUGUUGAUGUUCAUGUUCAUGUUCAUGUUCAUCAAUCAGCAAUAAAAUCAGAGAGAAGUAGCAUUUUCCUUU